CACAGAUUUGGGUCAUAUAUAAAAUGGGCGAAGCUCCUAGAAGAAACAUGGGGCAAUAAAGGACAACGUUAGAAAAAAGAGGCUCAACUAAAUUCUUACAAACGCCGCAGUGCUGUACAGAACCACCGGGAUACUAAAAAAUGUUCAAGAAGGCCGUCGAGGCAAAAUCCUUACAGAGAUUAUCAGGAGCUGAUAAGAAAAAGUUGAGAAGAUGCGUCAAAGAUAAGUUUCCUAGAGCUUCCGAUGCUGAUAUUGACACCCUUCUCCCACCCAAGGGGGAUAUUACUAUUGCUAAGUUUCAAAAUCGUGUGCUUGUGUAUGGCGUUGAAGGUGGCUUCCCUAUGUUUUUUGAUACUGAUGGAAGAGGAUCAGAUAUAUACCCUACAGUUUAUGCUCUUUGGAAGGCCCCUGAGCUCUUGCCAGCUUUUAUGCUAAAAGGGGGAGAGGUUUCGCGGUUUGUGAUUGGAGGGGCAGACUUGAUGUUCCCCGGCAUUAGUAUACCACCAGAAGGGCUUCCAUCAUUUGCUUCUGGGGAACCAUGGGCAGUAAAGGUUCCUGGAAAUCCCGCUCCAAUCGCUGUUGGCUCAACUACUAUGAGUAGCUCCGAGGCAAUGAAAGCUGGCUUACGUGGAAAGGCUUUGAGAAUAACACACUAUUAUCGUGAUUCACUAUGGGAAUCCGUUGAAGGUCGUUUUGUGCCUAACAAUGGAUUUUUAGAAGAUGUGGUGUACCCUGAUCCAUCUUUCUUAGCUUCCAUGGCUUCUCAUUCAUGCGAAGGCGAUGAUUGUAUUGAUAAAACAAAUGACAAUGAAGAGAAAGUUGACCCAACUACUAUGGAUAUUACUUGCUCAGAACAUGAUCCUUCUUCAUCUUUUCACCUUGAUAAUAAAAAUGACAAUCCUGAACAAAUUGUAUCGGAGUUGGAUGGCCUGAAAGUUGUGGAGAAUGAUGAAUUGCGUAGUGAGGAUCAACCGUCCUUGUCAGUAGAAGAUGUAGACGUGCUUUUAGAUAAGUGUCUUCUUCAAGCUUUGCAUACAAUGGUGAAGGAUAGAGAUCUUCCAAUGCCAGGAAGUACUUUAUGGUCAAAUCAUGUUUUACCAUGUAGACCAUCUGGCGUAACUCUUGAUAUUAAGAAGUCAUCUUUCAAAAAGUUGUCAAAAUGGUUGCAGUCCAAAGCAUCUAAUGGAUUGAUAUCAGUAAAAGAGGAUAAACAUAAAAAGGAAGUAGUACUAUAUUCUGUCAAUCGGAGUCAUGUAGAUUACACAUCCUUCAAGCCUGAAAAAAGACAACCAGAUAAGAUUGAACAAAACAGUGACCAGGCGGCAUCUGACUCUCACUCACAAAAUAUCUUGGAAAUAGAAGAGAUUUAUAAGCCAAGCAUUCACGUCAACUCUAUAUUUUCUGCUGUUGGAGCAGAUACUGGAGGAUAUUUCUCUGCAUUGGAAGCCACUAAUGUUGCAUUUGCGUAUGUUGAGAAAGAGAAUCUUGUAAAACCUACUAACAAGGCAGUAGUGACAUUAGAUGCUGCGCUAUGUGAUGCUUUGUUCAAGGGAGCUAUUAAAAAGGGAUCAGCUUACCCAACAGAAAUUCAUAAAAAGGAUCUAGGAACAACUUUUCUAAGUCGAAUGCAAGCUCAUCACAAAGUGACUAGAGGGUCCGACUCUGUGAUUAGGAAGGGGGCUGUAAAACCAAUUCACAUCAUGACAGAGAGACGACAAGGGAACAAGAAAAUGACGAGGCUCUCUGGUUUUGAAAUAUUCUUGCUGGAUGCUGAAUCAUUGGCAUCAGAACUGCAAAAGAAGUUUGCAUGCAGUACCACAGUGGCUGAAUUACCUGGUAAGAAGGGACACGAAGUUCUGGUUCAGGGUGGUGUGAUCGAUCAUCUUGCAAAAUAUUUAAUUGAUCAGUAUGGAGUUCCAAAGAGAUACAUUGAAGUACUUGAUAAAACAAGGAAAUGAUGGAGGUCUGAUAUGCAUGAGAAGAAAAAACCUUAUCGCCUUUCCAUGCAGUUUUAUGAACGACUCAAUGGAUUUGGUUAUACCAGGGAUAGUCGCGCAUUCCAGAAUGUGCAGAAAAUUUUGGCAAGCCGGUUUUGCCUGAUUUUGUGGUAUUUAACAGCUCGUGUAUAUUGAGAUUCUGAUUUCCUGUUCUUUAGAUGAUGCGAAGAAAGUGUUAUGAUUGUAAAGAAAUUUGCUGCAUAUGGCUGUUGACAGAAAUUUUAUAAAUCAAAUCUGAAGGUAAUGGACUUGCUGCAGUUUUGACAGGAAUUUUUUUUUUUAAAAUUUUAUUUUGUUUAUUUUCAUUGCGUACUAACAACUUCUUUGUUAGUUUUAUUACUAACAAGGAUAAUGUUGCUUACAUAUAUGACAUUGGCGUAAUGAAAUGUUGUUGUAUACUAACUAGAAAGUUUGUGUUGAAUUGCUAGCAUUUUUCAGAAUUUUGUUUGGCUGUCUCUUGGUUGUA